CGUGCUAGUAUUCUAUGUUGAUAUUGAGGUUAUAAAUAUGCUUGAAAUGUUGAAAUUGAAAUAAUUAUUGAACUCAACACUGUCGUAUAGACUAUUACUUUUUUAGAAUAAUAUUUACGUAUUCUUAUACGGUAAACAUUUAGAAGUUUUAGAUUAGUGUCAAUAACUUUAUUGUGAGAAAAUGACUCUCAAAAUAAAAACCAAACAGUGAGUAUUCACAUGUAUUCUUGUAAAUUAUUCUUAUAAACAUUUAGAAGUUUUAGAUUAGUGUCAAUAACUUUAUUGUAAGAAAAUGACUCUCAAAAUAAAAACCAAACAGUUGACAGACACCAAGAAGAAGAAUAAGAUCAAGAAAAAAGACCGGGGUCGGAAGGGAGUUCACGCGAAGAAAACCUUAAAAAAAUCCAAGAUAUUGAAACAAAUUAAGAAGAUCAAUAAGAAGAAUAAACCUGGCGAGAAGGAAUUGAAUGAGAAGAAGGAGGAGUUGGGUGUGGAGAAUGUGAAGAAACCAGAUGAGAAAGUAGUGGUUGCUGAGAAGAAAGAUGAAGUGAUGAUGGAUACUAUCUACGAAACUAUGGAUAUUGAUGAGAUGGUUGAUCCCAGGAAAAGGUUUUCGACUGAAGACGAAAGAGCGCGCACCAUUUUUGUCGGCAACUUGCCGCUCAGUGUGACCCCGCGAAUUCUGAAAUACAUGUUUGCCGAAUUCGGUGACGUUGAGUCGGUGCGUAUCUCGUGUCCAGCUUUGACGCCCUCACAACUGCCGCGAAAAGUAGCGCUGCAAAAACGCGAAUUCCACAGCAAGGCGACCAAUCUGAACGGAUAUGUCAAGUUCAAGAAGGCGGACAGCGUCGCCAGUGCUUUGGCUGCUAAUGGAAAAGUGUACGAGGAGCACACGUUGAGAGUUGAUCAUAUGAUUCAGGAUGUACCAGAUUGGAAAAACGCGGUCUUCGUAGGAAAUUUGCCUUUUGUGGUGAAAGAUGAUGAGCUAAGGAACGUAUUCAAGUGCUGCGGGGAGAUAGAAAAUGUGAGGAUAAUAAGGGAUAAGGAGUAUGGCAUUAGCCGAGGAUUUGGCUAUGUUAAUUUCAAGUCUCCAGAUUCGGUUGAAUUGGCGUUGAGACUCGAAGGAUCGAAAAUAAGGAAUAGGGAAAUACGAAUUAAGAAGGCGGCCAAGAAAUUUGGAGUGAAGAAGGAACCGAUCGCAAGUGUUUCGUCGCUACCGGAGCCCAAAAAGAAGAAAGUCAAGGAUAAAAAAUCGAAGAAAGAGAAGGAGAGUUUGGCGUUCCAAGGCCGUACUGUUGCCGAUAAAGUUAUUAAGAAGAAAAAGAGCAAACAAAAAAUAUUGAAAUCGCUACAAAAGAAGAAGAUUAUAGAGAUCCUCAACAAGAAUAAGAAAAAGUUGUCAUCUUGAUCAUUUGCUGUUGUUUGGCGAGGUUUUUAGGUAAUUUAUACCUAUUAUGCCUGUUUGGUAACUAUAACUUUCAGUAAAUAAUAAUGAGUUUUAUUUCUUGUUA